AUGGCGGACAAAGCUAUGUCUAUUUCUGUUCCAUGUGAAAAGCCCAUAAAACUAGAAAAGUGGAAGGUAAAACAGGGCGCAUUUGUUUCACAGGGCCAGAUAUUAUUUUUAUAUAGUGAUUCAUCCGGGAACGAUUCUCAAAUAAAGAAAUAUAAAGCCAUACGCGCUGGUACUAUCAUAGCCAUCAAGGUGAAAGAAGGGGACGUCGCACAGCCCGGAGGGUGUUUAGCCGAUUUAGAAGAAUGCCGCCAUCCAACUGUUAUGAAAGAUAUGUGCGCGGAAUGCGGGGCCGAUUUACGCGCCGAAGAAAGGAAAAAACAGGACGUCGCAAUCGUUCCCAUGGUACACUCUGUUCCUGAGUUAAAGGUUUCUGAAGAACUGGCUUUAAAGCUUGGAAGAGAAGAUGCAGAUAGGCUCUUAAAGGAUAGAAAGCUUGUGUUACUUGUGGACCUUGAUCAAACGCUUGUACAUACAACAAAUGAUGAUAUACCACCUAACUUGAAGGGAGUCUUACAUUUCUUCCUUCGAGGCCCAGGUAGUAAUGGUAGAUGGUGUCAUACCAGGUUAAGACCCAGAACGCAAGAGUUUCUGGAAUCAGCAUCUAAGAACUAUGAACUUCAUGUCUGUACAUUUGGAGCCAGGCAGUAUGCUCAUGCAGUUACUGAGUUGUUGGAUCCAAAGAAAAAAUAUUUCUCACAUAGAAUAUUGUCUAGGGAUGAAUGCUUUGAUGCUCGAACAAAAUCUGCUAAUUUGAAAGCCCUGUUUCCAUGCGGUGAUAACAUGGUAUGCAUCAUAGAUGACCGCGAGGAUGUAUGGAAGCAUGCAGCCAAUCUGAUUCAUGUGAGGCCAUACUCAUUCUUUCAAACGACUGGCGAUAUUAACGCCCCACCUCCACUCAAUGAUGAAAAAUCAAAAAUGAUAAGUGGAAAAAAUGGGUCCCUAUUACCUCAGCUACCAACACUUGAAGCAGAACCAGAGAAACUGGAAACGAUAGAGAAUGAUAUAAAGAAAGAAUCUGUAGAAAAUAAUGAGAACACCAAUAAUGUGGCUAAGAAUAAAAAUAAUGAUAAAGUAGAUGUUCUAAAUGAAAAUCCAAAUGAACCUGAACCUAAAUGGUUAGAAACAUCAGACGGGCAAAUAGAAAUAGAAGAUCCAGAUGACUAUUUGAUAUAUUUAGAAGAUAUAUUGUUAAGGAUUCAUAGGCAUUUUUAUGACACAUAUGAGAAAAUGGGCAACAAACAAAUACCAGAUCUGAAAUUUAUUAUACCCGAAGUGAAAAGCAAAGUCCUCGCAAAUACUAGUUUAGUAUUUAGUGGCCUCGUACCGACUCAUCAAAAGUUGGAGACAUCUAGAGCCUACCUUGUGGCCAGAAGCUUAGGAGCAGAAGUAACACAGGAUCUUACUGAGAAAACAACUCAUUUGGUUGCUGUUAGAUCAGGAACCGCGAAAGUAAACGCAAGUCGUAGAAUGGGAGAAGGCAAAGCAAAAGUACAUGUUGUGACUCCAGAAUGGCUAUGGGCAUGCGCUGAAAGGUGGGAGCGAGUUGACGAGAGAUUGUAUCCCCUCCAACGAGGCGGACAGAGCAGUGCCCGACGUCCUCCCGCGCAUUGCACCAGUCCACCUCCAGCGCCUCCUGUACCGACGCCCGCACUGCGCAAGCGCACGCCCUCGGGGCGAUUUAUGGACACGCUCAAUCCUCUUCUAUCCUUCUCAAGCGAUGAUAUCGCGGAUAUGGACCGAGAGGUAGAAGACAUCUUUAAUGAAUCUGAUGAAAGUUCAUCAGAUGAAGAAGAUAAAAUGGGAGACGACGAUGAUGAUGAAGAGAACCUUUCUGAGAACAGAUUGCUUGCACUUGAAAACACAACUAACUCACAAGAGAGAUUACAAGAUAAGGAUGAAGAUAAUUCUAGUGAUUCAGAGACAGGUACAGAUAGACCUAAAAAAAGGCCUAGGCCAUCAACCCCACCAUCAGAUGAUGAUAUACCACCAGAUGAUGAUGACAGUUCAUGGAAUCUUAUGGGAGCAGCAUUGGAAAGAGAAUUUUUAGCACAGGACUGA